AUGCAGAUGAAGUUUGUAAUAAUAAUCAGUAUUUAUUUUUAUUUUAAAAAGAUUCUAGCAUUUAAAUUUUUAAACAUUUUUUUUGUGCAGGCCUGGUCAGAUGAUGUAAGGCGCUAUCAAAAAAUAUUUUGGCAUCCAAAACACACAGAAGUAUUUGGUAUUGUUGGCAAUCAUGACAUUGGCUUUCAUUAUGAGAUGACAUCAUUCAAGUUAGAACGUUUCUCUAAAGUUUUCAACUUUUCUUCAGAAAAAAUAAUAACUCGGAAAGGGAUAAACUUUCUUAUAGUGAACAGUGUUGCUCUUGAAGGUGACAGAUGUAUAAUUUGCAGAACAGCAGAAGCCAAACUCAUUGAACUUUCUCACCAACUGAAUUGCUCAUUGAAGGAACAAAAUCAACGUAAAAAAAGCUGUAGUAAUGUAGAUAAGGUCCCAACCUCGGCUCCAAUUCUAUUGCAGCAUUACCCUCUUUAUAGAAGAAGUGACUCAGAAUGUACAGGAGAAGAUUCUGUUCCCCUGGAGAAAAAGAAUGACCGCUUCAGAGAGAAAUAUGAUGUGCUUUCUCAGGAAGCUUCCCAGAAGCUAUUGUGGUGGUUUCAUCCUCGAUUGAUUCUGAGUGGCCAUACCCAUAGUGCCUGUGAAGUGCUUCAUAAUGGUAACAUUCAGGAAAUCAGUGUUCCAUCAUUCAGUUGGAGGAACAGAAACAAUCCUAGUUUCAUAAUGGGCAGCAUAACAUCAACAGAGGUCUCGCUCUACAAGUGCUUUCUUCCACAUGAGAACACAGUAAUAGCCAUUUACUGUACAGCAGGAUCUGUGCUGAUGGUCCUCAUUCUAGCUCACUUUCAGCCCCUUCUUUCCCCUUACCAUUUUGUUCAGCGUUUAAUCACUAAGUAUAAAGCACUAUGAAAAGUCAGACACUUGGAAUCAGUCACUGACACACCAAAGCUAAAGAACAAUCCAUCAGACUACAUUCAUGCCAGCAAAUGCGUACUUGAAUUGCUAGCCCAAAGGCAAACUGCUCUUACAGACAGAAAGCUCUAGACAGUUGAUAGGACUUUUUUUUUUCUUUACUACAGGAUAAAGUAACUGCUUCAUGCUGUACAAAAAUAUUGUAAUCUACAAUGAAACGAAUGGUUUUCUUGCUAAAGUUUUUUUGUAUCAAAUAUGUAUAUUAAAAGUUUGUAACUGUACACUAA